CACUUGCCAAAGAAUGAACAAGUCUUGCAUCUCUUUAUGCAACCAUGUGUAGCAGAAUGAGAUAGGAUGAUGGACACUCAGAUGUAAUGUGUAGGAAACAUCUGAUGGGACAAUAGUUCCUCUCCACACACAGGAAAAGGUUUGGGUGUUGCACAACAUCACACAUAAAGCACACUUCUCCCUGCAGCUGCUUCAAAAUGGCCGAGUGCGUCCCCCCCCGGUGAGGGUCACAUCGAUGUGGAGGUUGGAGUGUAUCAGGUGUUCCCCGGAGCUCAGCCCCAGGACGCCGCUGUGGAGGAGACCCCAAAGACCAAGCUCCUCCUCCCUCUUCUCCUCUCUGUGGCUCUGCUGUGUGUUCUGCAGGCUGUUCUCAACAUCUCUCUGAGACUCUCUCUCAGUCAGCCUGCUGCUGGAGGUGAGCAGAUCAGCUGUCCUGAGGGCUGGCUGAUGUUCGGCUCCAGCUGUUACUUCUUCUCCACCCAGAGGAGGAGCUGGGAUGACGGGCGGAGGGACUGUGAGAAGAGAGGAGCUGACCUGGUGAUCAUCGACAGCCGGCAGGAGCAGGCCUUCCUCACUGGAUUCAGCCCAGCAGCCUGGGUCGGGAUGACGGACAGAGAGAGGGAGGGAACCUGGGUCUGGGUGGACGGGACCCCGGUGAACAGACAGAGCUUGCUGUGGGCCCCUGGGCAGCCUGAUGACUCGUUGGGAGGAGAAGACUGCGGUGACCUUCGCACCAUGACUCAGUUCCUCGGCCUGAACGACGUCAACUGCAUCGUCAGACUACAGUGGAUCUGUGAGAAGAGCCUGACGGAGCUCUGAUGAGUGUGUGUGCAGGGCCGUCCCUCCCUACAGGCAACGAUGCAUUUCAAAUUAACCCAGGCUUUCUUCUUCUAUGGUAACCAUCUCUAUUUGGUUGGUCUUUUGUACAAAAAACAUCGAUAGCCGCCUACAUUUUUUUUACAGCAAAGCACAUCCUGUUACUAAUCUUUUAAAUUCACAAAUAAUGUACUUUUUUUACUACUCGGUUAGCACUCUCAUUCCCUCACUUUUGUUUCUAACUUGAUAACAUCAUUAUUCAUUCCUAAUGCUUAAUUGACAGUGCAAAAUAAACAAUUGUCAACAUU